AUGAAUAACUUACAGAUUCCAACUGAAAAAGAAGAAAAACUCGUAACGAGGCCCAUUGACGUAGGCCCAUUAUAUUACUUUGGAGUUUGGACCAAUAGAAUCAAUAAUCCCCCGGUGGCUUCAUAUAAAACUGAAGCCGAAUCCUCUAGGGUUUUUAUCGGCACGCAACUCGCUGCAACAAUUACAAAGGGAACAGGGAGUUUCGGAAAGAGGAGGAACAAGAGCCACACUCUCUGUGUGAGAUGUGGUCGCCGUAGCUUUCACAUUCAGAAGAGUCGCUGCUCCGCUUGCGCUUACCCUGCCGCUCGCAAGAGGACCUACAAUUGGAGUGUGAAGGCGAUCAGGAGGAAGACUACCGGUACUGGUAGGAUGAGAUAUCUCAAAAGUGUCCCCCGCAGGUUCAAGACUGGUUUCAGAGAAGGUACUGAAGCCAAGCCCAGGAACAAGGCGGCAGCAGCUUCAUCAGCCUAAACAAAAUCCAGAUCUAGAUAACUGCCGGGAAGAAGUAAAACUUAGCACUUUUGGAUCUGUUUCAGUAUGAGAUCGCUGGUCCUUGGAUAAAUCUGUUUACAUUAUUCAAUCAUGUUUUGUGUGUUUUGUUUCCAUUUGCUUAUAAAAGUUUUGAACCUGGUUGAAAUAUCAGCUUACAUUUUUUAACAAGCAUUUCUUUUAUU